AUGUCAAAGUACGAGGAAGGUCACCACCUCGACAGCGAAAAGUACGAGACCGGUCAUGGCCAGCAGAUGCGAGACUUUACAGUCGACUCGCCCCAUAUGGCGGCAGAACAGGAAGGUCUGAAGCGCGACCUGCGCCUCCGCCACAUGAUCAUGAUUGCCAUCUCGGGCACUAUUGGCACAGGUCUCUUCCUUACUUCUGGAAAUACCAUCGCUACCGCCGGACCAGGUGGUGCCUUGCUGGCGUACGCGAUGAUCGGGUUGUGGCUGGUCUUUGUCUGCCAGGCCAUUGGCGAGGUUUCUACCCUCCUCCCCCUGCCCGGUGCAUUCAACGCCUGGGGCGCUCGCGUCUUUGACGAGGCCUUCUCUUUCCAAAUGACUUGGAUGUACGCUAUCAACUGGUUACUCACAAUCCCUGCCGAGCUCUCCGCAUCCGCAAUCAUUGUCCAGUACUGGCUCCCCGCAGACUCGUCUUUCCCACCAUGGGUCGUACCAUUGAUCAUCAUCAUUGUCAUGGUCAUUAUUAACCUGGUCGGUGUCCGCGCCUACGGAGAGCUCGAGUACUGGUUCUCGAUCCUCAAAGUCCUCACUAUCAUCAUCUUCAUCAUCUGCGCCAUCCUCGUCGAUGCUGGACUUGUCGGUCAAAAAGUCAAGUAUGGAAUGGACGCCUGGCAUAUCGAUGGUGCACCCUUCAAGGGCGGCUUUAUGGGAUUCGUCAAGACUUUGGUAUCCGUCGGCUAUGCUUAUGGUGGGUCGGAAAUGACGGGUGUCACGGCGGCCGAGUCGCGCAACCCUCACAAGCAUGUCCCCCGUGCCGUCAACACCGUCCUCCUGAGAAUCGCAUUCUUCUACAUCAUCUCCAUCUUCCUGCUGGGCUCGAUUAUCCGCAACGAUGACCCUAAACUGGACAAUGCCGAGGGCACAGCCGCCGCAGCACCAUUCACGAUCGUCUUCCUGAUGGCCGGCAUGACCGCCGCCGCAAACUACAUGAACGCCGUCGUCUUCACCUCCGUCUUCUCAGCCAUCAACUCGGACUUCUACGUCUCCACCCGCAUGCUCCUCUCUCUCGCCAGAAACGGUUGGGCACAUAAACAAAUCGGUUAUACAAACUCCCGUGGCGUCCCUGUGGUCGCCCUAGCAAUCGUCACCCUCUGCUCCUGCCUCUCGCUCAUCACCAUCUUUGUCGGCUCAGGCGUCGUCUUUGCCUGGUUCGUCUCCAUCAUCGGCUCAAUCAUCUUCCAAUCCUGGAUCCUCAUCCUCUUCCUCCACUUCCGCUUCCGAGCCUGCUGGAAGGCCCAAGGCCGCGACCCCAGUGACCUACCCUACCGGUCUUGGGGGUACCCAUACGGAAACAUCCUCGCAACCGUUAUCGGCGUCUGCUGUAUCGUCGCAACCUGCUACCUCUCCGUCAUCAACCCUCCCAAGAACCCCGGCCCAGGUGCAUCAGUGCAAGAUACCAGCGACUAUCGCAAGGCACGCGAUAGCUAUGCACAGAACUUGUUGGGUGCUUGGUUCCCUUGGGUCUGCUCCGCCUUGUUGUAUUUCGGUUACAAGAUUGUGCGAAAGACAAAGAUUGUCAAGGCUGAAGAGGCUGAUUUGGACACCGGACGGUUUAUCCCGACCGAGAGCGAUAAGGAGGACCUCAACAAGAAGGGUCCCCUUUGGAAGCGUAUUCUCUCAUUCCUCAUCUAA